CCAGUGGGAACUCCCUUUGAGUAGGGUGCACCAUGGCUGAGCACCUUAUUACCCAAGUUGCGCGACCUGACGGUAGUGGAGGAAGUGGUGGUGGUCAUGGACUUACCCAUGCCCAAAUCCAAGCCGCUCGCAUGCAAAGACGGAGAGGCCGAGGGGGGGGUGGGAGUGGAGGUGGUUCCGGAGGAGGGAGUGUGAGUGGAAUGGGAGCCGGGAACGCAAGUGGUGGAUCUAGUGGAAAUGGUUCGGGUACUGGUACUGGUCGGGGAUCGAGGUAUCCAUCAACACAUGCUGGUGCUGGUGGUCCUCCUCAGGCUCAUCAACAGCAACAUGGCGUCCAUCCGUCAAACAGACCCGUGGCAUACAUGCCUGCCUACUCGUACGGCGGUGCAGCGGGUGGAGCAAGGACUGGCGCGGGGCCUGGUCCCGGUCAACAUGCCACUCCGCCGCCCAUGUAUCCCACCGCUAUCCCUCCGCCAGGAUCGGGUGGUGCUGCAGCUACCGGUGGGAGUCAAGGCUCGCCGCCGCCUGCUCAGUCGCUGCAUCAGCAGCAGGCUGCGGCGCAGCAGAUCCAGAUGCAGCACUUGGCACAGCAGCAUCACAUGCAGCAGCAGCACCACCACCAUCAUCACAUGCCGCAAGGCCAGCAACACCCGCAGCAGAUGCAAAUGCUCCAUCAGCAGCAGCACGGCCAAAUGCAGCACAUGCAGCACGGCCAGAUGCAGCACCAGGGCCAGCAGCAGCACCAGGGCCAGCAGCACGCCGCAGCCCCGCCACCGUCGUUCUGGGACAAAAUCUGCUGCUGUGGCUCUCGCCCUCCGCCGUCCAACGCUCCAGCCCAGGGCGGAGACCCAGGUGCGCCCGGCCCAGUCGCCGCAGGCCAGCAAGGCACCGACUCGAACACACUGUUGCCGGUAGCAAACGGGGCCGCCGCUACCGGCUACACCCCUGCUGAUGGCACCCAGAUGACCAUGUUUGCCGCCUCGGAUGCCGGCCAGGCGCCCGGCGCUGUCGUGCCCAGCUACGGUGGCGGCCAGCCAAGCCCGCCGCCGGUUGUUGAGCCCAACUACGACUACGGUCUGCUCGGCCCGAUGCACCCGGCAGACGUCGGCAAGAAGACUCUUGUCCUUGACCUCGAUGAGACCCUUGUCCACUCGUCGUUCCGACCCACCGAGAACUCGUCAUUUAUUGUCCCCGUUGAGAUCGAGGGUGAGACCCACAUGGUGUACGUCCUCGUGCGGCCGCACUGUGACGAGUUCCUCCGCCGCAUGGGCGAGCUCUACGAGGUCGUCAUUUAUACCGCCUCGCUCGCAAAGUACGCAAACCCGGUCAUCGACCUCCUCGACGCCCAUAAGGUCGUCCGCUCCCGCCUCUACCGCGACUCGUGCGUCUCCACCAAGGGCAACUUUGUCAAGGACCUCUCUGCCCUCGGCCGCGACAUGGCCGGCAUCCUCAUUGUUGACAACUCGCCUGUCUCCUACCUCUUUGAUCCCGACAAUGCCGUCGCAUGCACCUCCUGGUUUGACGACAUGGAGGAUACCGAGCUCCUUGACCUCAUUCCGUUCCUCGAGGAGCUGACUCACGUCGACGACGUUCGCAACGUCCUCGGCUCCGGCCAUCUUUACCGCUAGCCGCCGCCGACCUCGGUUUCUGCCGUCAUGAACACACCCGUCCUG